CCGGAACAUAAAGACCAUCACUACCGGAAAGGGACCGUGAGGAAGUGGGGGCUUUGGUCCCAGGAGGGAAAUAGAAGGAGGGAGAGCACUUCGUAGAUUGCAGACGGACUCUGAUGAGAUUGAACCUAAUCAGGAAUGACACACGUUGAGUCACAGAUCUGCUCCUGCUUGCUCCAGGCACACUACGGUGAAAUUGUAGCCAAAGUUGGCACCCACCUAAUUCGCACAGGAUGCCAGCCUCUCCGGCUAAUUGCCAAAGAUACUGAAACGCCGAUUGAUCAGGUUAAGAAAGCUCUCUGCGUCUUGAUCCACCACAACUUUGCUUCCUAUCAUGUGCACAAGAGGGGCUUUGUAGAGUAUGAAGUGCACUGUGCACACAUCAUUCGCAUCCUGCGAUACCCACGCUAUAUCUACUCAGCUAAGACACUGUACGGAGACACAGGGGAGCUGAUUGUGGAGGAACUGCUGCAGAAUGGCAAGAUGACAAUGAGUGCAGUUGUGAAGAAAGUGGCCGACAGGCUGAGAGAAACAAUGGAAGACAGUAAAACCGGGGAACACAGUGAGACCUCGAAUACCUUCAUCCGAUUGGUGCAGACCCACUUCCUGCAGAAAUGUGCCCUGGUCUCUGAGUGUGUGGUUGCUGAAGGCUUGCAGCCCCCUCAUGCUCCAACACUGGUCACUGAUGAGAAAGAGAUGUACACUGUGCCCCAUCUCAGUGUUGUUGCUCUGGGGAAACGCAGGCGAAUGUCUGAGGAUGGGGCUGAGCCUAAAUCCAAACGGUCAAAGCGAGAGCUGUCAGACCAGGAGCUCCCCCCAGAUGAUGGCAUUUACUGGCAGGUAAAUUUCGAGCGGUUUCACCAACACUUCCGGGAUCAAGCGAUCGUGGCUGCAGUCAACAGCAAACUCGACCAGACCAGCAGUGAGAUUGUACGGACAAUGCUGAGAAUGAGCGAGGUGACCACAUCCUCCAGCUCCUCCCACACACAGCCGCUGUCUUCCAAUGAGAUAUUCCGGGCUUUUCCUCCUGGCUACAACCUGUCGAAACCGGUGCUGGACCAGUACCUGACCCUCCUCAGUGAUGACCCGAUGGAGUUUGUCGGUAAAUCAGGCGAUAGUGGUGGUGGGAUGUUUGUCAUCAACCUUCACCGUGCCCUUGCUUCACUUGCACGAGCCACAGUGGAGUCUGUCGUACAGGAAAGGUUUGGGUCACGAUCAGCUCGGAUUUUCCGACUACUUUUCCGCAAACGACACUUGGAGCAGAAACAAGUUGAAGAUUUUGCAAUGAUUCCUGCUAAAGAGGCGAAGGAGAUGAUGUAUCGAAUGCUAUCAGAGAACUAUAUCUCCCUUCAGGAAAUUCCUAAAACACCGGAUCAUGCCCCCUCCAGAACCUUCUAUCUGUAUACGGUCAAUUUACUGCCAACAGCUCGCAUGAUUCUACAGCGGUGUUACAAGACUGUGGUCAAUCUGAUCAAUCGUCGAGAGUACGAAACCCGAGAGAACAAGCGGCUGCUGGAGAAGUCACAGAGAAUUGAAGCCAUCAUGGCAUCAAUGCAGGCGACUGGUGCAGAGGAGCAGCAGCUCCAGGAGAUCGAGGAAAUGAUCACAGCUCCUGAGCAACAGCAGCUGGAGACACUAAAGCACAACGUCAACAUGCUGGAUUCAAGUGAGAAUCAGGUAGAUGAGACCAUAUUUAUCCUGGAAUCGUACAUAAACACAACUCGGAUUGAGAAGGAGGUGCCAAGCAAACGGUGAUGAGAUCAGCUUGUCAGAGACUAGCUAUAGUUCCUCAGUGUCUCACUGAACAUGUGGUUAUACUGCAGUGAGUUGAUAAUCUGGCAGUCUGCACAUUGGAGAAGACAGUUUUAUGAGCUGCCUGUGUAAGUCCCAAUGUUUUAGGUUCUUUGUUGUCAAGUUAAUUUAAUAAACGACACGGUGGUGUCUUUAAUGUGAA